AGUGUUUCAUAAAUUCAAAAAUAAAAGUUAGCUAACUAAUAAUGCUGGAAGAAGUUUAAGAAAAGCACUGCUUUUUCUUACUGUAGGUUCCAGGAGGAGGGAGGAGACAAUGUGAGAGAAAGUUCACAUUUAGCUGGUGAGGAUUUUAAAGAAUUUCUAAGACUAUUAGCUAGCUAGACAAUCUAACUUAGUACAGUAGCUAGAUGUCUAUUUUGACAUCUAUCUCUUCUGGCAUUUAAAUCUCUUUAUCCAGCAUUCCCAGCUCCCAGUCUUGCAGGAGAAGGGGCUAUGCCCCUUCCUCAGAAUGCUCAGAUCACUGCCCUCCCCCCACCAGGUCUCAGUAGAAAGUACCCCCUAUCUCAACCCACUCUCUCAGCCAAGACCAAGAUUUGGAUGCCAGUGCAAGAGACCUGGAAAGGAGAACCUUAUGACAAGCCUUUGCUCAAAUACACAAUAGCCCUCCCUAUUGGCAGGCGCCACUGUAGACCUCGUCCAAUAAAACGACCCGUCCCCAACCCUUCCCCCAACCUGACUAAUAAAAGAGUGAAGUUUAAAAAUCCCGAGGCCACCCUCCGUUUUAUCCCAGUGAGGCCAGACUUAGAGCAGCUCACCAGGCAGAGAACCCUCCCUGGUGGUCAGUUGGUUAGACCUGUGACACCCAGACCACCAUCACGCAAGCAGCCCCCCUCUGCAGACCAUAGCCCCCUAGACGGUAUCCACUCACACAGAUCCCUUGCUAAGGUGCAGGCUGCUGGAGGUGAGGACAGGGGAGGCGGAGGAGAUGGUGCCUCCCUAUCCCGCUCUGUCAGGGAUUUGCAGUUGCUUAGCUCCAGCUCCGACGACGAGGAUUCUGAGUCUCCUUCUGAGUCCCAGUUCCGAUGCACCACUCCGGCCUACCUUACCCGCCGCUACCAGAACAGUUUGAAAUGGUACCAGGCGGUGCGCAGCGAGAAGAAGACCAAACAUCACAAGGAGAGGCUUGACCAGCUUUGCUAUAAGGAGGCAUCAGAAGAGUCUAAUGCUGAAAGAGGCCCCUCGGGUGUCCAGGCGAGACACACCGCCCCUCUGGGUGCUGGGGAGGGGAGGUCUGUCUGUAAACCCUACCAGGGAGGAAAGAGGAGAAGGAGUCCGCCGUCAGAGAAAGGUUGCUUACCCCCCAGCCAGGUGAGGAGAUGGGACCGCCGGUCAUGGCGCCGACAGCUAGACAGCAGUGCCUCGGACUCCCCAGCAUCUGAUGGCAGUGUCAUGCUCAGCCCACUCUAUACCCACUCCCCCUUCCUCUCUCCCAUAGCUACCAGCACUCCUCCCCACCCUGCUCCUCUUUCUAACACAUCUCCCAACAUCCCAAUAUUUUCCCCUUCCUUCUCUCUCAGUACGCCUUCCAGUUGUCCUAGCACGCCACUUUACCCCCACUCUUUCACCUCCAGUGCCCCUGGCACCCCAUUACGAAGUCAAGUGACAUCUUCCAGUGCCCCUGGCACCCCAUUACGAAGUCAGGUGACAUCUUCCAGUGCCCCUUGCACCCCAUUACGAAGUCAGGUGACAUCUUCCAGUGCCCUUGGCACCCCAUUACGAAGUCAAGUGACAUCUUCCAGUGCCCCUGGCACCCCAUUACGAAGUCAGGUGACAUCUUCCAGUGCCCCUUGCACCCCAUUACGAAGUCAGGUGACAUCUUCCAGUGUUUCUGGCACCCCAUUACGAAGUCAGGUGACAUCUUCCAGUGCCCCUGGCACCCCAUUACGAAGUCAGGUGACAUCUUCCAGUGUUUCUGGCACCCCAUUACGAAGUCAGGUGACAUCUUCCAGUGUUUCUGGCACCCCAUUACGAAGUCAGAUGACAUCUUCCAGUGCCCCUGGCACCCCAUUACGAAGUCAGAUGACAUCUUCCAGUGCCCCUGGCACCCCAUUACGAAGUCAGGUGACAUCUUCCAGUGCCCCUGGCACCCCAUUACGUAGUCAGGUGACAUCUUCCAGUGCCCCUGGCACCCCACAACAUGGUACCUUUCACAGGGAGUCAUCGUUCCACACCAGGAGUAACAUCUCAGGAAGUAGGACUACAUGUUGUGGGCUGGAGAGCUGUCCACCAUUAGCUAAAGGGACAGUAACCAGUUCCAACCCUGAAGACUCAGUAACAAGCCCUAAAGCUAGAUGCCAAGCGGACAACACUCCAUACCCAGACAUGUUCAAUAUUAAAGGAGAUACAGCGAAGAAAGAUGAUUCUGAGAUGAGAAGGAGCAGUGAAAUGAAGAAGACUUCAACACCAAAGGAAAUGACUGAAAAAUGUUCUCCUGCCAGAGCUAAGACUUCCAUAUCAUCACAUGCCAGUCCCACUCUGAAAGAAUCUAAGAUUCCACAAGCUGACCCACGACUACGAAAAUCAAUGAAAUCAUCAGCCUCACCUGAUGUUUCUUCAACUGAGCUCGACCGUGGGACGCCCAUCCCAGGCAGUAAGCUAACACUCACCUCCAUCUUUUCCUACCCUUAUGAUAUACCACAGCUCAAAAGCAGUCCACUUAAAAGCCCUGAGAAGUCAUCUCCUCAAUCAACUACAGCACAUCAGAAGCACAAGUCUCAAGAUAAGACAAGUCCUAAGAAAAGUCCUAAAACCAAGACCUCUGAUUCACCUAAAUUAACACCUGCACCUUUUUUGUCAGAGAAGCAAACAGACAAAACUGAGAGUAAUUUCAAGAAACCAUCAAAACCUCAGAGUGUUGUUAGUAGUAAGGCAGACUCUGCAGUGUCACAACAUGUUCUAUCCACAAAAACUACAAAAAAAAGUGCUGGAGGGAGCCGGCCAACCAUCAAGGCUUCUCCUUGUGACCCUAGUCUUAAAACUAAAUGUUCUGCUAACAAUGCUUGUGUGCCAAAACCAAAGGAGGAGAGUGAGAGACCUCCCCUUCCUAGCCUUAGAAGAUUGAAGCAGGUAUUUACAGGCCUUUAUCAGCAGAGGACUGUGGUGGCUAAACCCUCCAGCGAAUUGAAUGGGGUGCCGACUGACACACAUAGGCUGUUUAAGACUCCUUCAUCCAAGACCUCCUCCCCUAAGACCCGCUCCCCCAAGACUCCCUCAUCCAAGACCAGCUCCCCCAAGACUCCCUCAUCCAAGACCAGCUCCCCCAAGACUCCCUCAUCCAAGACCAGCUCCCCCAAGACUCCCUCAUCCAAGACCAGCUCCCCCAAGACUCCCUCAUCCAAGACCACCUCCCCCAAGACUCCCUCAUCCAAGACCACCUCCCCCAAGACGCACUCACUCAAAAACCCCUCUCCCAAGAUCCGCUCCCCCAAGAAGCCUCAGACUAGAGUUCUUCACAGAUUAACCCAGGAUCCGAGGAUCCGAGAUCCGAUCCAGGAUCAGAGCCCAUCUAUGCAGCCCACCUCCAGCACCUCCAGCAACAACCCAGAAGGGAGACCUGCAGCCUCAACCUCAAUUCUAGGCAGGAGUUUAGAGCUAAAAAUUUGUCAAGGUUUCCAGAAACCAGACACACCCAGGCCAAAGAGCUACUCCCCCAAGAGCAAACCAACAGGGAUUUCACUGAACUAUAGGGGUACUGGUACUCCUUUCCGGGGAAGUGAGGGGAAUCUAACAACUACCCCCACUUCUAGGGGCCUGGCAAUCCCCCAUGACUGUCCAUCUCAGACCAGGAGUUCUCUGAGUAAAGCCUCAUAUUCUGCCAAAUUACCAUGGGAUGGAAAGAGGGACAGAGAGAGAGAGAGGGACAGGGAGAGAGAGAGGGACAGGAAGAGAUGGGAGAGAGAGAGGGAGAGAUGGGAGAGGGAAAGGUGUCCACCCUCACCGAGACACCCUCACCCAGCACGGGGCCCAAUUCCACAGCCAAGCCGGGAGGAUCAUCCUAAAGAAUGCUUUAGAAAGAAAGACAAAACUACUACAGGACAGGAGGACUUUAGAACUAAAGUCAAAAUACCAUGGGCACCAACUCAAAAACCCUCUAGCUCUCAUAAGAGUUGGCCAAAUGUACCCUCACCCUGCCAGAAUCCUCCACCUGCGAGAAAUGGCCCCCAGUCAUACUCCAAAAAUAUCAAAGGCGCGCACUCACCCUCAGCUCAGACUAAAUCUAAAGUACCAGGGGAGAAGACAGACUCUCAGCACAUCAGCUCCCCCCCUACAACACAGAAGGUCCCUCAGGAGUCAGUGUCCCCUCCCCUGUCCCCCCGCUUCAGACCCGGCCCCAGCAGUCCGGAGCUCAUCCAUGCCAUUGUGAGUGCCAUGGGCUAUCUGCUUGGUGUGCCACCCACCUCCAUCCCUGGCCUCUGCCCUUCACCUGAAGACCCUGGUACGUCCUCCACCACUGACCCAUCAGCUUUUAACUCAGACCCCAUCCAGCCCCCCUGGACUGAAGAACUACGACUCAUCCGGCAAAGACUCAGUGAGCCUGGCUUAGGGCUCAACCCCCAGCCUCCAGACCACACAAAACCAGCCUCCAGACCACACCCAACCAGCCUCCAGACCACACCCAACCAGCCUCCAGACCACACCCAACCAGCCUCCAGACCACACCCAACCAGCCUCCAGACCAAAGGACACACACACACAGGACAGCCUUUUAAGAGUGUCCUUACCUAG